AUGCGCGCAACGCUGCCCUCCGCGCGCGUGGUCUCCGACACCUCGCUGGGCCGCGGGCCGCGCCGCAGCUUCGGCGCGCGGAGCCAGGUGUUGAAUCAAAACGCGCGGCCGACGCAGACACAGGGCCUGGGUGCCGCAGCAGCCACCAGCUCGGGGCCCAUUGGCCAGGCAUUGCUGGAGAAGGUGAAUGCGGUGUCCGGGAAGUUGGAGGUGAUCUUGGGGCGGCAGCCGCUGACCAGCCGCUUUCAGGCGCCCCAGUCCUUGGGCGAGAAGCUGCUGGACCUCACGGAGCGCCUGGGGCGUUUGGAGCGGCUCCUGGACGAGUGGCGCACCCGAGGCAGCUUCACCGGAAGCCUGGUGAAUGGAAGCGGCGGGUACCCGCGGAUGUCGGCGGAGGCGGCGGCCGAGGCGUCGGUGAAGGCGGUGGCCAAGUCGUUGCUGGAGGCAGCGAGGCGCAGCCCCAGCGGUGCCCCCGUGAUGGCCACCCCGGUGCCCGUGCUGCCGCAGGUGGUCCGGCAGCAGUCCCGGUCCACAACGCCGGUGACCACUUCCAGGGUGCGAACCCCCGGCCGGCCUGACACAACCUGGCGAGGAGUCUCAGUGGGCCCCAGCCCAGCCGCGACCCCGCCCUCGGUGCCGCACUUUGGGGGGCUGACGCCGCCCCCGGGGCUGUUUCUGCCGGCGAACCUGGGGCUUGGACUGCCGUUGGAGUCACUGGCACAGAACGCCCGGUUAAGCGCGGCGCACGUGCCCGUGAACGCGGUGUCGGCCUCGGCCCCGUCCGGGGCAGCAUCGGUGGCAUCGGGGGCCACUCCAAGGAGUGUGGGCUAUGCCUGGGACGGGCGUUUGUCGCCUCCCAUGGCUUUCUCCGCCCCGGCGCCUUUGCCGGUGGCCGGCGCCUCGCGCACCUCCUCGCUGGUGUCCAGGACCUCGGUGGCGCCGCCGCGGCCUGGCACCCUGCAGCUGCCGCCCAAGGUGCAGGACGCCGAGAUGAAGCUCCGGAAGUGGCUGGAGACCAUCCCCAUCGGCAACGGCUCGGAGCGGGGCUGGGACGACGGGCAGAUCCGCGAGAUCGCGGAGUUCGCGAACAAGUACAACAUCUCCAAUCUCUCCGCUGAGCAGCUCUACCAAAGGCUGGGUUGCUUAAGGCUGGCGGUGCUGGUGGGCCGUCGCGCCCUAUGGGAUCGGUUACAACAGAAGGAUGAUGGAGACGCAUCAGAGGUCUUCAAGUUCUUCGCCGCCAUGCUGCAAGUCCUGCUGGCCAUGGGCUUCCCCGUGCACCGCUGUUGCUUGCCUUUGGCCGCCUGGGUCGGAUCUCUGGAGCUUCUCCAAGUCCUUUCUCAGAGAGGCGGCGAAAAAGAGUUCAGCCGCUUGGGAGGCGUGGACAACCUUUUGUCCUGGGCCGCGCGGGGCAUCUACUCGCAGCCCAAGGCUCAGUCUGAGGUGUUGGAGUGGCUGUGCAACCAGAAAGCGGACCCCAACCACCGAGAUGCAGCAGGCCGAUCUGUGCUGGACUGGGCCUGUUGGGCGGGGUGCGAGGAGCUUGUGUCCAUGCUGCUGCGCCGGGGGCGUAUGGCCACCCGGGAGCCCGAGGUGCAGCCGCUCCUGCUGGCCACCUCCAGCCGCUCCGUGGGUCUGGUGCGGCUGCUGCUGCGCGCCGCAGGGGAUCCACAUGCACUUCCGAGAGGCCAAAGCGAUGCUGGCCAUGCGUGUGGGGCAUUGCUGCUGGCCGUGAGGUGCUGCGAGUAUGAGCUCGCAUGCGAGAUGCUGAAAAGCGCCGCCUUCGUGAACGUCGACCUGGCGCUAGGCGCCAGUCCCCGGAGGGAACGCGGAGCUGCGCAGGACGAAGAGAAGCCGGCAGGCGCGGCCACGCGCGCCACCAUCGUGCUGGUGGAGUCGCUGCGCCGCUUCUGCAGCGGCUUGCAGCGCCGUAGCGUGGAGGAGGUGUCGGUGACGGGAGUUCGCACCCACGUGCCUGGGCCGCAUCCGGACGAGUGCCUCUACGCCACCCCCACCAUGCCGCUGGGCGACGUGUUGCACCCGCUGGCAGCGCAGCUUCCGUCCCCCAUGCACCGGGUGCCCUUGGAGCUUCGCCCAGGGGUGCUCCCCAUGGCCUGGCUGCGCAGGACUCGGGAGGAGCCCUGGACCUCCGCGCGGAUGAUGGUGGAGUGCUUCCUCCAGCGCGGCUUCAAAGCCGACGAGGCCUUCCUCACCAAGGUGAUGCCCGCUUUGCCCCCCGAGGUCCAGAACCUCACGCGCAGAUUGGCGGAGGGAGGCUACCCGCCGCCCCUACCGACACUUCUGACCACCAUGCCGGACAUGCGGCGUGCGAGCGUGACGGAGAAGUCGCCCACCACGAUGUACGGCCUCGCUUGGUUGCACAACGGCAAGACAAAGCUGUCGAAGACUUUUGCGGAGCCGGCGAAGGAUUAUUGGCUGCGGCCCAAGGCCAUGGAGGACGUGAAGCCGUCCAUCGCCAAUGCCGCCGACUACAUGAAGGUCCCUUGGAGCCCCGUGCGGAGCGGCUGGGCGGAGGAGGAGGCGUCACAGCUGCCGGCCAUCCGCGUGGUGGUGCUGGGCGCCCCCCGCGUUGGAAAAAGCAGCGUGGUUCAGGUUCUGGCGGAUUAUUUGCAAGUGCACUGCGAGGAGGAUGAUGGGCCUGCAUGGCUCCGAGUGGUCCCAGGGCGUUGGCCUACCUCAGGCUCUCCAGUGGUGCAGGUCUGUUUGUGGGAUACCACCUCAACCUUCUCUCCGCUGCCCUACCUGGUGACGGAUCCGGAUGCAGCCACAUUUGCGGUGGCAGUGGUGGACAGCUUCGGAUCGGCGGAGACAUCGGACGCGGUGGCCAUGGCGCAGAGAUGUAUGUCCACAGAAGGAAGCGUGUCAGCGCCCAGGCGAGCCUUGGUGGUGGAGAACUGCUUUAGCGGCGGUGCCAGCCACAUGCCGGACAAGGCCCUGGCAACGAUCCAAUGCAGCGUGAUGAGCGAGGAGGGGCAGAGCAACUUGAAGAGAACGUUUGGGAAGAUGAUCGCAGAGAUGGUGGGCCAGAUCGAGGCCCGCGCGGAGGCCUCCCGCGGGGAGAAUUCCUUUGGCGCUCUGGCGCAGUGCGGCCAGGGCGACUUUCGCAGCGUCCUGGCGAGGGACACGGCCUUCCCCUGCAAUGCCCGGAAGCCCCUGGGGAAGCGAGCCCUUGCGUACCGCCUGCGGGGGGACUCCACCUACGUGGACCCCACGGCGGCCUCUAUCGCCUGGGCGGCAGUGUGUGCUGCACGCAGUACCUUGCCCCAGGAGGUGCAGCACUUGACGGGCAGCAGCCCCUCCACCAGCAGUUGGCGCAUGGCGCUCGUGUCCCAGGAACGUCUCGCGACGGUGCUGGAGCUAGGCCACGGUCGGCAAUCCUCUGCGACCUUGCAGAGGGCACUGCUGGACCUUGGCCUGAUUUGCCCUGUUCAAGCAGUGGACUCGCCUGGCAGUGUUCUGGUGCCGGACUUUGCGGAGCGGAUGAAGCUAAGCAAGGCUCUGGUGCAGCAGAUGCUUGACGCAGCCUCGCAGGUCUACGUGCGGGUCCUUUGGUCCCACUGGGAGCGAGUCCCCCAAGCGCCGCAUUUUCUGCGCACCGCGCUCCAGAACUUGCUGAAGGGCUCGCUGGGCUACAGCUCCACGGCCAAGCAGCUGGUGCUGCACCACUUCGCGCUCUUAGAGGAGGACUCUGGCGAAGUCUCGGAUCUGGGCUCCGGCUUUCUGGUGGCCUUCGAGCUGGCGGAGGAGUGCUGCAACCGCGAAAGUUUUGAGGGCUCCCUGCCGGAGCUGCUGGGAGUGCCGGAGAUAACCUGCGUGACAGUGAGGUGUGUGUCUGGUGGUGCCUGGGACGUUCUUUGCAGCGGGCCCCACGCCCAUUGGGCCUGGCACGCUCUGCUGCAGGGGACCUGCUUCGCGGGCUUCAAGGUCUUGGCUUCGCCCGGAAAGGGCGAGGCCGACUGGCCGAUGCCUGCCUGCCUCCUGUCCACGGCGCCGCUGGACGAGAAAAACGCGCGGAAGGCCGAUGAGGAGGAGAUGGCAGCAGCGGCCUGGCUGCUGUGCGGCCCGCAGGCCAAAGAGGCCCGGGAACGCCUCGUCUCGGGGCUGGACAGGCAAAAAGCCCUAGGCUUCGCUGCGUGUUGUGCUGCGGUGCUGGGGCGCCGGCCCCAGCUUGACCUGGGCACCCGGAACUUGAGCGCGGAAUUCGAGAUGUGCCUUUUGGCGCGCAGCUGGCACGAGAUGCCAUACCUGCUGAACGAGGCUCUGCUGAGUGUGGAGUCCUGGGCCAUUUGCGCCGCAGCUUUGGCACGCCUGGCACGCGAUGCCGCGGUCUGCGCGGGGCGCUGCGGCUCGCAGCUUCCUUUGCUAGCGGGCGACAGCGUGGCACUGCUGCCUGAGGGCCCACAGCUCCUGCAGAAGGAGGCCGUGGAGCUGACGCAAAACGUGCUGAAAGGGGACAUCACCCCGGCGCUCCAAGCGUGGCUCACCAUCUGCCGGCCUAUAGCUCUCUGGGUCUGGGCGGGCGCCGCCAAGGGCUUCUGCGCGCCGGUGGGGUCCUCUUUCGCGGAGGAGAAGCUGGACGUGGGGUCGCAGGUGGUGAAGGCCGUGCGCGCGGCAGUGGCUUGCUUCCUGUCGGAGGCGGCCAUUUUGGAGGUCUGGGACUUGCUCAAAGACCCAAACCUGGGAAGGAUGCUGCUGCCUCGGCCGGGCGGUGGCUGGAUGUGGCUGGACCCAGAUACGGACUGGCCACUCUAA